GCGUUGGGUGAGCCAACGGUUAAUCGCGAUCUAACGUUCGUUCAGUAUUGAAGUUCUAUACAAUACUCGCGAAGUGAUUCGGUCUGCUUGUCUGGGUUAUGAUAAGAGCGAUCGUCUUACAGAAUUGCUCGAUAUGAAUCGCAAUGGGCGAUAAAUAAUAUUUUUAACUGACGAAAAUUCAUAGUUAUGAAUUUUAAUUUUUAAAAAAUCAAAAUUAUUUUAUUUCGAUUUGUUUUGUGUUUUGUUCAAUUUUGUGUGUGCCAAAGAAAUAAAUACGUUCCUUGUAAAUUUGUUUUAUUUCGAUUCGUUUUUAUCUUCGUUUUAACUUUAAUAAUUUUGUUUAAAUUAUGACUGAUCGGUUUAGUAUAAGUAAAGUUAAUAUGAAUGGUGGCGGUGGUGAAAGCCUGAAGGUAAAUGGCGAUCCAGUUGACGUGGUUGGGGAUCUUCCUUCGGAAAGGACUAGCACCAGUCCUGGAGUUGGACUUAAAAGAUUUAGCCUUUUGCAUCGAAAUGUUUCCCAUAAUAAUGAUCAUGAUGAAAAUAAUUCAAGGAAGUUCAGUUUGGCACAGUUGACUAGAGAAGCUCUCCCACGGCUUGACAACUACAGAACAUCAAAGAGGAAUCUUAAGCGACCUUCUAUCGGGGAGUUACAUGGCGAAGAAACAUUGGAACCACGAGAUCUCCAUGCUGCAGAAGACUCUAGUGCACCAAAUAUCCACUCAAUUAAAUUGGGAUGGAUUGUCGGUGUUGUCAUACCAUGCCUUCUCAACAUUUUCGGUGUCAUGCUGUUCCUGCGUCUCAGUUGGGUAGUAGCUCAAUCUGGAUUAAUACAAUCGCUUGCCAUCAUUGCAGUCUCAGCUGUUGUAUGCAUUAUCACAACCCUAUCUCUAUCGGCUAUCAGUACCAAUGGCGAAGUUAAAGGAGGUGGUAUAUAUUUUAUCAUCUCUCGAUCUUUGGGACCUGAAUUCGGAGCAUCUGUGGGAGUGGUUUUUGCAUUUGCCAAUGCUGUGGCAGCAUCUAUGAAUACAAUCGGUUUCUGUGAUUCACUCAAUGAUUUAUUGCAUAACAAUGGUUUAAAAAUCAUUGAUGGUGGAAUAAACGAUGUCCGUAUUGUUGGCGUAUGUACUAUUCUCGUUCUCAUUAUGAUCUGCUGCAUCGGAAUGGAAUGGGAGGUCAAAGCUCAAAACUUUUUAAUAGCAAUAAUUGUUUUGGCGAUUUUCAAUUUCUUAAUUGGAGCAGCUAUUGGUCCACAAGGUGAUCCUGAAAAAAUAGCUAAAGGAUUUGUUGGUUUUUCAUGGGGAACUAUAAACGAAAACUUAGGUCCAAGUUAUAGGUUAUCUGAAGGAACCGAUCAAAAUUUCUUCAGUGUUUUUGCCAUUUUCUUUCCAAGUGUAACAGGUAUUCAAGCUGGAGCUAACAUCUCAGGAGAUCUUAAAAACGCCGGAAAAUCUAUCCCCAAAGGAACAAUGUUAGCUCUAAUCAUUUCUAUGUUAACUUAUGGAAUUUUUGUUGUAUUUGCUGGUAGUGCAGCACUUCGUGAUGCAUCUGGUAAUAUUUCCGAUCUUGUCAAUGGAACACUUUUAACUGAAAAUAUACCAUGUAGAUUAAACAAUACAUGCGAAUAUGGUUUGGCUAAUUCAUACUCCAUAAUGCAACUUAUGUCCGUAUGGGGUCCACUAAUUUAUGCUGGAUGCUUUGCUGCAACAUUAAGUACAGCUUUGACAAAUCUUCUUUCAGUACCGCGUUUAGUUCAAUCCCUUGGUACUGAUCAAAUCUAUCCUGGAUUGAUUUUCUUUUCAAAACCUUAUGGCAAACAUGGUGAACCUUAUCGUGGAUACGUUUUGACAUUCCUUAUAUCUGCUGGAUUUCUUCUGAUUGGUGAAUUGAAUGUUAUUGCACCAAUGAUUUCAAACUUUUACUUAGCCUCAUAUGCGUUGAUAAACUUUUGCACAUUCCAUGCAGCACUUAUAAAGCCAUUAGGCUGGAGGCCAACAUUUAAGUACUACAACGUCUGGCUUAGUUUAUUUGGCUUCGUAUUAUGCGUGGCUAUAAUGUUUUUAAUCGAAUGGAAAUCAUCUCUGAUUACUCUUGUCAUAAUAUUCGCAUUGUACCUGAUUGUUGUCUAUAGGAAACCAGAUGUCAAUUGGGGUGAUUCAACUCAAGCCCAAACAUACAAAACCGCCUUAUCUGCAACACAAAAAUUAAACACAAUUUCCGAUCAUGUUAAGAACUAUCAUCCUCAAGUAUUAGUUUUAGCCGGAAAUCCUAAAGUUAGACCACCAUUGAUUGAUCUUGGUAGUUUAAUUACCAAAAAUACAUCACUUAUGAUGGUUGGAAAGAUUGUUCCGCUUAAAAUUGGUUAUAAGAACCGUAAAAAUCUUAUUGAAGAAGGUCAAAAGUAUUUGGAUGCUAGAAAAAUUAAAGCCUUCUAUAAUGUUAUUGAUGGAUUCACAAUGGAAGAUGGAACAUCUGCUCUUAUUAAAGCAAGUGGAUUUGGUAAACUCACUCCUAAUAUAGUGCUUAUGGGUUACAAGAAUGAUUGGAGGCAGUGCCCCAAGGAAGAAGUUUCUUCAUACUUUGAAAUUUUGCACAAUGCCUUCUCACUUCGAAUGGGUGUGGCUAUCCUUCGAGUACCUGAUGGUCUUGACUUCUCUGAACUUAAUCAUGAAAUCCGAACGCCUGCUCUUAACGGCAACGCUAUAAAUCAUUUGCAAACACAAGGUGUUGCAAAUAUGACAAUUCCUCACAUGCAAGCCACUUCCGAUAUUUUCCAUGUGGAUUCAAAUUUGAACUUGCCUGGUAUGAUUAGUGCUACAAGCACUAUAACUGUACCACAACCUGCCCCGAUGCCAAAUAUGAGCAGCGCUAAAAAGUUGCAAAUCACAAAUGACAGUAUAAUUUAUUCGACAAAGGGUGGAUCUGAGUUGCCGAAGGAUGUUCUUGAUGCUGUAACAGUGUUUGCUAGGAAACAGCCUAAAGGAACUAUUGAUGUUUGGUGGAUGUAUGAUGACGGAGGCUUAACAAUGCUCCUGCCUUACAUUAUUUCUAUGCGUUCUAAUUGGUCAAAUUGCAAACUACGUGUGUUCGCUUUGACAAAUCGCCGAUUGGACUUGGAAGAAGAAGAAAAGAGCAUGUCUAGCCUCUUGCAAAAACUUCGAAUAAACUUUUCUUCAUUGGUAAUGUUACAAGGUGUAACUGAUAGGCCACGAUUGGAAACUAUUACUAGACAUAGACGUCUUCUAGAUGGUUUUGUCCAAACGGCAGCCAAUCCAAAUGGCUCUGUUACAGAAGAAGAAAUCCAAGGCUUGGAGGAGAAAACACAUCGACAGUUACGUAUUCAUGAGUUGCUAGUAGAUCACUCAUCAAAGGCUUCCUUGGUUGUUAUGUCCUUGCCAAUGCCAAGAAGGGAAGCAAUUUCACCGCCACUCUAUAUGUCUUGGCUUGAGAUGCUUACGAGUGAUAUAAGCUGUCCGUUUAUAUUGGCUAGAGGCAAUCAAACACCAGUGCUUACGUUUUACUCUUAAUUAUUGUGCACACACACCAAAAAUGUUGUACUCAUUUCGAUUAUACAUACAUUAUAUUACUUAUAGAAAUAUUUUAUUAAAAAAAUAUUUAGUUUUUAUUAUUUUCCGAUAAUUUAUUAGCUUUCUUUAGGCUAAAAUACUUAAUUUUUUAAGACC